CCAUCCGAGGAGGCGGAGGGGGAUGACGUCAUCCAGCGGGGCGACGGGCAUUGGGCGCCAUUUUGAAAAGGGAAAAAAAAAUCCCUCCCCGGCGGCGGUGGCGGCCGGGGCCGAGAGCUGGGCGGCUGCGGUGCGGCGGCCGCCUCCCUGGUCAGCCCGGGUCGGCGCGCCAGUCCCGCGCGUCCCGCCGCCGGCUGCCAUGGCAGGAGCCGGAGGCGGCGGCUGCCCCGCGGGCGGCAACGACUUCCAGUGGUGCUUCUCGCAGGUCAAGGGGGCCAUCGACGAGGACGUGGCCGAAGCUGACAUCAUUUCAACCGUUGAAUUUAAUUACUCUGGAGAUCUUCUUGCAACAGGCGACAAGGGCGGCAGAGUUGUUAUUUUUCAGCGGGAACAAGAGAACAAAAGCCGCCCGCAUUCUAGGGGAGAAUAUAAUGUUUACAGUACCUUUCAAAGUCAUGAACCAGAGUUUGACUAUUUGAAAAGUUUAGAAAUUGAGGAAAAAAUUAAUAAAAUUCGGUGGUUACCACAACAGAAUGCUGCUCAUUUUCUACUCUCUACAAAUGAUAAAACUAUAAAAUUAUGGAAAAUAAGUGAACGGGAUAAAAGAGCAGAAGGUUAUAACUUGAAGGAUGAAGAUGGACGACUUCGAGAUCCGUUUAGAAUCACAGCACUGCGGGUCCCAAUAUUGAAGCCCAUGGACCUUAUGGUAGAAGCAAGUCCACGACGAAUUUUUGCAAAUGCUCACACAUAUCAUAUAAAUUCCAUUUCAGUAAAUAGUGAUCAUGAAACAUAUCUCUCUGCAGAUGACCUGAGAAUUAACCUAUGGCAUUUGGAAAUCACAGACAGAAGCUUCAACAUCGUCGACAUUAAGCCGGCGAACAUGGAGGAGCUGACAGAGGUGAUCACGGCGGCGGAGUUCCACCCGCACCAGUGCAACGUGCUGGUCUACAGCAGCAGCAAGGGCACCGUGCGGCUGUGCGACAUGCGCUCCUCGGCCCUGUGCGACAGACACUCCAAGUUUUUUGAAGAACCAGAAGAUCCCAGCAGUAGGUCCUUCUUCUCAGAAAUCAUCUCGUCCAUAUCCGACGUGAAGUUCAGCCACAGUGGCCGGUACAUGAUGACCAGGGACUACCUGUCUGUGAAGGUGUGGGACCUGAACAUGGAGAGCCGGCCGGUGGAGACCCACCAGGUGCACGAGUACCUGCGCAGCAAGCUCUGCUCUCUGUACGAAAACGACUGCAUCUUCGACAAGUUUGAGUGUUGCUGGAACGGCUCGGAUAGUGCUAUCAUGACUGGGUCCUACAACAACUUCUUCAGAAUGUUUGACAGAAACGCGCGGAGGGACGUCACCCUGGAAGCUUCGAGAGAGAACAGCAAGCCCCGUGCCAGCCUGAAGCCUCGGAAAGUGUGUACAGGGGGUAAGAGAAAGAAAGACGAGAUUAGUGUGGACAGUCUGGACUUCAAUAAGAAGAUCCUUCACACAGCCUGGCACCCCCUGGAGAACAUUAUUGCUGUAGCUGCCACCAAUAACUUGUAUAUAUUCCAGGACAAAGUCAACUAGAGCGCUGACUCGAGGACCAAGUCUCACCUUGCAUAGUCAAGCCGGUCGUUUUUCUGUCAGAGAAAAGCAUCAUUGUCCGCUCCAUUACCAACAGUGACGCACUCGCUCCCACCCUUCGCGGUGCCGGCGAGAAGCGGCCCUGGCUGGAGUCGUGGCGUGGCUGUGCCCAGCGCGGCAGGCUGGGCGCUGCUGCUCCAGCGGAAGCCCCUCGAGGCAGUGUUGGUGGCCGUCACUCCGUAAAGGCCAUGACUCGAGAUACGUGUAUUUAUUUACGUCUGAGCCUUCCUUUUCAGUUUAUAGACCAAAAGCCUAACGUCCACGAGAAAAGUUAUUGUCAGAUCUCUCCCCGCCCUGUCCCCACCUUCUCUCCCUCUGCCGUCGCACUGGGGCCUUCGCGCGGGGCGGGUGGCGCUGUCCACCGGGCUCAGCGUGCCCGGGCUCGGCAGCUUCCCCGCCCGCUGUCUGCCGCCACACCUCUGGUGUAACCACUUAAUAAAAAUAACACACUAUACAAAGUGUUUUUAAAUCCAAA